AUGCAGGCAAGCGCGGAGGAGGAGGAGCAGCUGAGCUGCCUGAGAAGUUGGAUCGCGUCAGUGAUAGGGGAUGUAUGCCCCUCGGACUUGCGAGCAGCCUUCCGUGACUCUCAGUGUUUGGUUGCACUGGUGGAUGCCCUGGACGCGAGCAAGGUGCUUGCUCCCGAACUUUCUCCGCGCACUGAAGAGGACGCGCUCCUCAACUUCGCCACCAUCAUCGACUUCUUGAACAGGAGAGGGUUCCGGCUCGCCACCAACGCGCAGGGCCUGAUGAUGUCCCGAGACGUCAAGGGCGUGCUGCAAGUGCUGUGGGCUAUGGCGGAGUUCUUUGUUUGCAUCCCGCAGUUCUCAAGGUACAGCCAAGGAAAAUGGAGGGAAGGAGCGAAGCGAUGGGUCGACGCUAUCGUCAAGAGGGGAGCUGCGAGCGCGGUGGAGGUAGAAGACUUCAGUUCAAGCUUCAAGGAUGGGGUGAUCUUAUUGGUGAUCAUCGCCCAAGCAUGGCCAGAGGCGCAUGUCGAUGUGGAGAUGACGGUGAGACAAGGGCAUCAGGAAUGUGUCGAGCUCGCUCUCUGCCUUGCCGAGCAGAAGUUUCAAGUCCCCAGCCUCCUGACCCCCCAGGAGAUCAUGCGAGGAGCCUCCCCCUCCUGCCUGCUACUCUACCUCGCAUGCCUCCACGACCGAUUGGUUGCCUCGGACGCCACGGCUGUCGUCAGCCCAGACUUUGCAGGAGAGAAGCUGCUGGAAGCAGUUCAGGGGAGAGGAGACGGGCCGCCGCUAGGAGGGCGGGGCGGGACGAUGGAGAAGUUCAGGAGGGACGGUAUCAAGGUGGACGAGCUCCUCCCGACGGUCGAUGGCGGAGUGAUCUGCGUUCUGUGCAUGAGGGGGAACGUCAGGCCGAGGUGGCUGGGCUGCUUCCACGCCUUCUGCCUGGACUGCCUGGAGGCGGUCGCGGCGAGGAGCGACGACGUUGCGAAUGUCCGUUGCCCCGUCUGCGACUUUGUCAGUGAGAUCGACUUGGACGACCUCGCUGCCAUGGAUGAUGAUGGCUCAACCAAGCUCCUUCCUUGUGUCCUUGGGCUCACCCGCUCCUCUCAAGAUCCUGGAGAUUCUCUCGGAGAAACGUCAGACGUGCAACAACUGUGA